AUGUCACUUGCGCUGGUUAGCGUAUUGCCUGCUUUCCGUGUGGUGAUUCAGUUUUAUUGUCGAGCUAUGGCUUCCGGUGUGUGUGGACUUUCUCAAGUCAUUUCUGAGGUUUCAUCUCCUCCUCCACCUGAAUUUAUCGCCCAUCGUGAACGUCUAUGGCAAAAGCUGAAGAAGGAGUAUAAACAAUUUGUUGCCUCACAGCCCCGUUUACCAAUCGAAAUCACCCUGCGUGACGGAUCCACGAUACCGGGCAAGGCUUGGGAAACUCGUCCCAUUGACAUUGCUAGGAACUUGGAUAAGAGCACAGCUGAUAAACUCGUCAUCUCGAAGGUUAACGGGAAGCUGUGGGAUCUUGAACGACCGCUUGAAGGAAACUCAACAAUUGAGUUUUUGGACUUUGAUGACAAGGAUGGUCAGUACGUGUUCUGGCACUCCUCGGCACACAUAAUGGGGGAGGCCAUGGAGCGCCUUUACGGAGGUCACCUCUGCUACGGUCCACCCAUUGAGGAGGGAUUCUACUACGACAUGUGGAUGGAGGGAAGGCAAGUUCAUCCUGACGAAUAUCCGCAGCUCAAUAAGCUCUGCAACUCCAUCAUCAACGAGAAGCAGCCUUUUGAGCGUCUGCUUCUGUCGAAGGCGGAUCUGCUCAAGAUGUUUGACUACAACGAGUUUAAAGUGCGCCUUCUCAAUGAGCGCGUCACAGAUCCUAAGACUACCGUCUACAAAUGCGGUACACUCAUUGAUCUCUGUGUGGGUCCGCAUGUUCGCCAUACCGGUUGCAUAAAAGCAAUCACCGUUACGAAAAGUAGCUCAUCCUACUGGGAAGGUCGCGCUGACGCCGAGUCCCUUCAACGAGUCUAUGGUAUCUCUUUCCCCUCCCAGCAGGCCAUGAAGGACUGGAAACACCUCCAGGAGGAGGCCGCAAGCCGGGACCACCGGAAACUGGGUAUCGAGCAGAAGCUGUUCUUUUUCAACGAGCUCUCUCCCGGCAGUUGCUUCUUCCUCCCUGCUGGUGCACAUAUUUACAAUAAAUUGGUGGAACUGAUGCGGAACGAGUACUGGAAACGCGGCUUCCAGGAAGUCAUUACACCCAACAUCUACGACUCCAAGCUGUGGGAGAUAAGCGGUCAUUGGAAGCACUAUGCGGAUAACAUGUUCAAGAUAGACAUAGAAAAGAAGAUAUUCGGCCUCAAGCCCAUGAAUUGUCCCGGUCACUGCCUCAUGUUUGCCCACGAAUUGCGAUCGCAUCGCGAUCUGCCGCUUCGGAUGGCUGAUUUCGGCGUGCUUCAUCGCAACGAGUUUUCCGGUGCGUUGACUGGACUGACACGAGUCCGUCGAUUCCAACAGGAUGAUGCUCACAUCUUUUGUCGUGAGGAUCAGAUUGAAACUGAAAUUAAAAAUGCAAUCGAAUUUGUGCAACAUACCUACGGUGUUUUCGGUUUUUCCUUUGAAUUCUUCCUCUCUACGCGCCCUGAGGACUUCAUGGGAGCUGUGGAAUUGUGGGAUCGUGCGGAAAAGCAACUGGAGAGCAGUUUGAACACCAGCGGUGUAAAGUGGACUCUCAACGAGGGUGACGGUGCCUUUUACGGCCCUAAGAUUGAUAUCGUUCUCUUCGAUGCCCUUCGAAGGCGUCACCAAUGCGGGACCAUCCAGUUGGACUUCCAAUUGCCCGAACGCUUUGAUCUCACCUAUCAGACGGGCGACGCGCCUUCAGUUGAUGGCGAAUGUUCAACUAUUCUCAAGCGCCCGGUUAUCAUUCAUCGUGCUAUCCUCGGCUCUGUUGAACGUUUCAUGGCCAUUCUCACGGAGAAUUUUGCCGGCAAGUGGCCAUUCUGGCUAAAUCCGCGUCAAGUGUUGGUGGUUCCAGUGGUCUCCGCGCUGGACGAGUACGGUCAUAAGGUGCGCAAUCAACUUCACGAGGCGGGCUUCAUGGCGAAUAUUGACACAGAUCCUGGUCGAACGCUGAACAAGAAAGUUCGCAAUGGCCAACUGGCCCAGUACAACUUCAUCCUCGUGGUGGGCGAGAAGGAGCUGAACAACGGAACGGUGAAUGUAAGAUCACGUGAGAACAAGGUCUUGGGUGAGCACACAGUUGAGCAUCUGAUUGAACGCUUCAAGGAGUUCUGUGCCACCAAGACAGUCUCGGCGGAAACGGAAUUAUAA